UUGUCGUUUCGCGUGGAUAGUUCAGUUGAGUUUGAUGAGUGUUUCUGGGUGUUUUUGAAUUAUUUCAGCUAUUUUAGCUUUUAUUUUGCCUCUAUUUUGGGGAAGUGGGAUAUUCCAGGCCUAAUUUCAAGUGUUGCAAUGACAACUGUCCCUAAAGCGGCGUGCAGUACACAGUUAAAGAGCAAGGUAGCCGCCCAGCACGCAAAGCAAGAUGUGUGAAGAUAUAGGGAGAUACCUAAGAUCGAUUGGCGCAGAAGCUACAAUGAUUUCAGACAUCAGAGAAGCUCCUGGUCAACAUCAUUACACUAGUACAGAUGCAAGAGUUUUUGAAUCAGUGUAUGGACUUUCAUUGGAAAAGAUGGAUGAUGUUUGUAAAUACAUGAUGCUGAAUCCAAGAAGAUAUAGAGAGAAUAUUCAAGUACCUACUAUUCUGACUCCUCCAUACAUCAAAACAAGAGAAGAAAAGAUGGUGCAAGCUUUCUUUGAAAGCUGUCCGUUCAAGGCUGGCAUCAGUGGCAUUGCAGGGUUUGGCCUAGGUGGAGCUCUGGGUCUCUUCACAUCCAGUGUGAACCCAUCAAUAACUGGAGCUGAAUUGAAGAGUCAGACUGCAAGAGAGGUUCUGGUAGAAAUGCGAACAGCCAUGCUGCAGUAUGCCAAGAACUUUGGCAUGAUCGGUCUCAUGUUUGCUGGUGUGGAGUGUUGUAUAGAAUCGUACCGCGCCAAGGAUGACCUACGAAACGGCACCUACGCCGGCGCCGUCACCGGCGGCCUUAUAGGACUGCGAGCCGGCGUCAAGGCGGGUCUGCUCGGCGGCGCGGGGUUCGCCGUCUUCUCCGCCGCCAUCGAGUACUACAUGCGCAGCUGAGUCCCGGUGACUCGGGGGCCGGCCGCGCCUGGGAACUGGGUGGGCCAGGCGACCAGCGGAACGCCAGCGCUCCGCUACCGCCAAUCGGAUAUGUGAAGUGUGACACGUCGUUAUGUUAAGAGCGGAAUGACUCAGUGAUAAAGAUAGGCAUUGUUAGUGUUCUGUGCCACAUGUGCAAAUACAGUGCAAGUAAAAAAAAAAAAA